CAUUAUUAUCUGUUAUGUGAAACAUACCACAUAUUCAGUUCGUGUGUUACGUUGUGCCUAUGGUGCAGAGAGGAGUCAAGAGACCAUCCAUUAUGUUAUGUCAAUGCCUUCGUGAUGGGGAGAUAUCAUGGUAAUUUUUUUAAGUUUGGAAAUAUUUUUUGACUUAUUUUGGUGAUUGACCUAUUUUGGUGAACAUACCAUAGUAAUCUUUUUUUAGGUUUAGAAAUAUUUUGAGUGCUUCUAAUCAUCCCAAAUAAUAUUGUGCAAUUAUGAAAAUAAAAAAUUCCUCUAUAUUAUCAUGAAUUUUUUUUUAAAUUUUUUUUGCGAUAAUACGUAAAAAAAUCGACUCCUCCGAUUUUCAAAUUCUAGCUCAGCCCCUAGUUGGAAAUGACUACCAUAUUGAGUUUGAAGAUGAUGAUAUUGACAAUAUCUGUCGAGCUUCUAGGAUUGUGUGUAAUGCUCUUGUUAUAUUCAAGCUAUAGCUUUGUAAUUUUGUCUUUUUACUACAUCUAGAAAGAUAGUGCCUAGUUUGUAGCUUCGCCAUAUGUUCUUUGGUGGUACAUUCCUCUACCGAGAGUUGUAAUUAUGUCCUUUCUAUUAUGUAAUGAAGGAAUAGAUGGAUAGUUGCAGUUCUUUAUAAAAAAAAAUAAUGAAUCUCUAAUUUUUUUUUUUUUAGUAUGUUAGUUGCACAUUAAUGGAGAGGCUAUCUCAACCUUUUUCUUAUAAAUUUGGUACUAAUUAUUACAAUGAAACGAGAGAGAAAAAAGAGCCCUAUAAAAGAUAUUGACGAGGGCCGGGGCAUAAAAACCCUAAAAUAUGAGUGUAGGCUCUCUCAACUCUAGCAAAAGUUUUGGGAUAAGAAGAUGUUGCAACUCUUUUAAAAUUUUAAGCAAUACAUUUUUGGGUUUACAACGAACUCUUUUUCCCGUAGUGUGUAACGUGACAUAUACAUAAUUAUUAUACUUAGAUAUCUUAUUCUACAAGUUACAUGGAUGAACUAAACAUAUCAUGUAUUAAAAAACAUGCAUCUACGUAUAUGUAAAUAUAUACAGAAUGAGAAUGGCAAAUUAAGACGUCGACCUUUGGUACGUACGUCGGUGAUUUACGGAAAGCGAUCGGCGAUGCUCCGAACUGCAGCGAUCGCGACCGCAAUGGAGAGACGGCGGAAAAAAAUAGUUGGGAUCAUCGCAUAACCAAACAAAACCCCCAGUAGCUAGAAUGAUCUGUUCAUUCGCAAAGGAAAUUAAAUACCACUAUUAUUAUUAUAGAAUUAAAAUCGUUUUUCUUAAUUAAUCCAGCUUUUUUUAUGUUUCGUAAAUGCCUCCCGCCUAAUUAUAUUCCCUCCAUUUUCGUUCAUUCUUUCACUAUAAAGAAGCCUCUCCAUUUCCAUCAUCUUCCUUCACUUUCUCCUGAAACAAACAGAUCGAGCGCGCGAACUAAAGUUCGUUUCUUUGCCGCCACUUCUCAUCUGGGUUUCCCUUCUUUUCCGCCAUUUUUUAGUGUUCGUCCUUUGUUAUUCGAUAUAUAGUAACGAUGGAAACGACCACAGCUCUGGCCGUUCUGUCCGCCGUGGCAGCCUACUUGCUGUGGUGGAAGGUCGUGUCGCGUCAGCUUACGGGUCCACGUGUCUGGCCCCUACUGGGCAGCCUCCCGGGCCUUAUCGCCAACUCCGGCAGGAUGCACGACUGGAUCACCGACAACCUCGCCGCCGGCGGCGGCACCUACCAGACCUGCAUCGCCGGGAUCCCCUUCCUGGCCCGGAAGCAAGGCCUCGUGACCGUCACGUGCGAUCCAAGGAACGUGGAGCACAUCCUGAAAGCCCGUUUCGACAACUACCCCAAGGGCCCCACGUGGCAGGCCGCCUUCCACGACCUCCUCGGGGAAGGCAUCUUCAACUCCGACGGCGACACGUGGCUGUUCCAGCGCAAGACCGCCGCGCUGGAAUUCACCACCCGGACCCUCCGACAGGCCAUGGGCAGGUGGGUCAACCGGGCAAUUAAGCAUCGGUUCUGCCCCAUCCUCGAGUCGGCCCGACUCCGAGCCGAGCCGGUCGACCUCCAGGACCUGCUCCUCCGGCUCACUUUUGACAACAUCUGCGGCCUGGCCUUCGGGAAGGACCCGCUCACCCUAUCCUCUGAUCUCCCAGAGAAUGGGUUUGCUCUGUCCUUUGACCAAGCCACCGAAGCCACGCUCCAGCGAUUUAUCGUGCCCGAGCCCUUCUGGCAACUCAGGAAGUGGCUCCGACUCGGCUUGGAAGCCGAUAUGAGCCGGAGCCUCCAGCACAUGGACAGUUACCUGUCUGACAUCAUUAGCACGCGCAAGCUCGAGCUGGCAACAGGUCGGCUCGAGCGGACCGGGGACUGGAACCCGCACGACGAUUUGUUAUCCCGGUUCAUGAAGAAAAAGGAAUCCUACUCGAAAAAAUUCCUCCAGCACGUGGCAUUGAAUUUCAUCCUGGCUGGACGCGACACGUCGUCCAACGCGCUGAGCUGGUUCUUCUGGCUGGUGAUUCAGAACCCCAGAGUGGAGGAAAAGAUCCUCCUCGAGAUCUGCACCAUCCUGGUAGAGACACGUGGCGAACUGUCAUCAUCCUGGUUCGACGAGCCGCUAGGGUUUGAUGAAGUUGACCGAUUGAUGUACCUCAAGGCGACACUGUCCGAGACCUUGAGGUUGUACCCGUCGGUCCCAGAGGACUCUAAGCACGUGGUCUCCGACGACGUGCUCCCCACCGGAGUUCAUGUUCCGGCAGGAUCAGCGGUGACCUACUCGAUUUACUCCAUGGGCCGGAUGAAGUUCAUAUGGGGAGACGACUGUAGUGAGUUCAAGCCGGAGAGGUGGCUGUCGCCUGAUGGCACGAAGUUCGAGGGACAUGACGCGUACAAGUUCGCGGCGUUCAAUGCGGGGCCCAGGAUCUGCCUGGGGAAGGAUCUGGCGUAUUUACAGAUGAAGUCGAUCGCGGCGGCGGUGCUGCUCCGCCACCGGCUGACGUUGGUCCCGGGGCACCGCGUGGAGCAGAAGAUGUCGUUGACUUUGUUCAUGAAGUAUGGUUUGAUGGUGGAGGUUGGAGCGAGGGACCUUAGGCCGGUUGUGGAGAAGGUAAAGGCAGUGGAGGGCAGCCCUACAAUUAAUGGGGGAUUUGCCCUUGCGAAGGGCAAUGGUCACGAGGGGAGUACGACGGAUCAUCAAUUGGCCGCCGCGGUUGCUUGAUUGUUUUUAUUGUCAAUGGUAAAAAAAAAUUGUAUGUUAUAUGGUCUUUUAUUUUAUUUUAUGGUCCUGGAUACGUGAAGAUAUGAUGUUCAUUUACCAUGCAUGGGAGGAAACUAAGCAUGUAGAUAUAUCAAUAUGUAGACGGCGUCAACUGUCAAGUGAGAGACCGUCCCCAAAAAGAAAAUUGUCAAAUGAUAAUAAAAAUGAAGUAUAUGUGUGUUAUGAUUUUGGGUUAAUGAUCAUCAUUACCUUUGGUGAUCGAGGUAAAGAUAUUCUCGAUAGAUAUGCAUGAUUGUCUGGACAAGGGAAAUGCCCAUACAUUACAAAUGAUUAGGAAUGAAUUUAAACUAGACAUUUUCAAUGAAUUGGAAUUUUUCUUCUAGGAAUGACAAUGCGUAGAUAGAUCGAGCGGGUAUUUUGGUAUCUGUAUUCGACUUGUGGCAGGUCGGUUAAUUUAUUAUAGGACACGAGUCGGGACAAGUCGAUUUAUAUGAAUAUGUAAUUUAAAAGAAAAUUUAUUGUAAAAUUUUUUCAUUAAAAAUAUAAAAAUUUAACAAUAUAUAAUAUGAUCAGUAUAGUUAAAUUAUUUAAAAAAUUGAGAUUCUCACUUAUUUAUAAUUUCAUUGUUGCUAAAUUAUGAGACAGACAAAAUACUAAAAUCAUAAUUAAUUUUUAUUAAAAUAAUAUAAGGUCAAAAUAGUUAUCCCUAAAUAUGAGACUUUUUUUUAAUUUAAAAUUUCUACGAGUAAUGGAUCCUUUAUUGGAGUGAAGGUGAGUACCUAACUAAUUAGAGAGACAAAACAAUUCAUCAUUGUGGGUAUACAAUUGAACUCGAUUGGAUUUUAUCGGCAAAAAUUAUAUCGAUAUAACUUUUGGGUGGGUUUUCCUCAAACCCGACAAAUAGAGUAAUGGGUAUGGUGUGAUUUUUUUUAUAUUUACAAUUGUCACAUUGAACCACAUGAAUAUUGGCCACAACUAUGACUUUGACUCACUUGGUUUAACACUUCAACCACCCAUAUCGUCCAAGUAUUUAUAAUUAUCUUGUGGACCCAAAUAUUUCUCAUUCUUUCUCACUUUCCACAAAUAUUGUCUUAACUUAAAAAUACAGAACAUUGGCACGUUGACAUUGUAAGAAAUUUUUUAUAUCAUAUCAAAAACCAGUUCCACCAUAACAAAAUGAUGAUUAAUAUCUAUUUACUUAAAGAUGAGAAUUAAUUGUCGUUUUACAUGAAUGUGAGUUGUUUGUCCUACUCGAUCGUUGUGAGAUUUAUAUGAUUUCGUUUUAUACCCCAUUAGCAUUUGAGGAGAAUUUGUUAUAUUUGUGGUGGUUAAGGCAUUAAUAUCACUCCAAAAUAAAGAGGACAUAAACAUCAUGCAUGGCAGCCGAUUUAGAACCAUAAAUGAGAAGUAGUAUGGUUUACCGAGGACUUUCAAAAGCAAGAUGAGUAAAUGAGAAUUGACACCUAAAAGGGUUUGUCUGGCGGGCUACAAUCGAGUAGAAAACAAAGAGCUUGAAAGAUUGAAAGAAUUGAUCUCCGGGGUCGUUUGGAUGGAUCAAUCUAAAAAUGAGUCAAUUUGAUCAAUUGUCUCGUUUUAUAAACGAGGCAAUUAAAACGAGUCAAUUCGAAUUACCUGCCCCCACCCCAAAUAAUUGAAAUUGACUCAAAACGGAUCAAUUCAAAAUACCUCAGGCAGAUUGAUCCAUCCAAUUUUUUUGCUGGCAAACGAGUCAAUUUGGUGCAAUUGUCUCAAAACGAGACAAUUGUGUUAAAUUGAUCCGUUACAAUUCCUCAUCCAAAUGACCCCGACGAUUAAUUGUUACAGAGAAACGGAUUCAGUUUAUCAUCAUCGAAAUCGACAUGAAGAAAAAAUCGAUGAAGACGAGAGUUAACCACACCGCCGACUCCUCCCAUACAAUACAAUGGACCCUCUUUC